AUGAGCAGAUGGGCGGAGGUCUACGACGCGGAGAUAGCAGGCGUAUCGUGGGCGACCCGCGAAGUCGAGGAGUACCUGAAGAAGACCGAAGCUCCGCUCAAGAGCGGUGACACAGUCCUCGGCAUCGGCACCGGCACCAUCUUCCUCUUCGGCCUCCAGAUUGCCGUCGCCAGCAGUACGACUGUCAUCGCGACUUCGUCGUCCAACAAUCAGCUCGCUGUCGUGCAGAAGCUCGACACGGGCGUCGAGGGCUACGUCAUCAUAGCGCUCAACGUCACCGAAGUAAUUUACCUUAACAAGGCGCUGGCGCUCUUGGAUACGGGUGUCUCCGCGUCCGACAGGAGGCUUGUUGUGGUGCGUUGUCUCUUCGCAUCUAUGAGCGUAUUCUUUCCUCGCGAACCCUUCGGCCCCUUCACAGAUGCUGACCCCACCAACACCAACAUACUACGUGAUAUGGCGACGCAGAUCGUCACCCUCGUGGUAGGUUUCAUCCUCAUCUACUUCGAGAGCACGAUCCUUCAGCUCUCGAAGAUUGACCAGACGGAGCUCACGGUGCUCGACGGCCGCUGGACCAUCCUCCUGAGGGACACAGAGGGCCCUGUCUGUCGGGUUCUGCGGUAUUUAUCGACAUCCAAACCUGCGUCGGCACGCACAACACCGAUGGUCCUAGGCUGA